UUUUCCACGCUUGUCAUCUGCAUGUUGACGGCGCCGGGGGCUCAGCUCGCUCGUCGCGGCCGCGGAGAUGGUGCACGGAGGUCUUCCUCGACAACUUUUAGUCCGCUGACGCUUUACUGAGCGCUUGCGGUUGCGCCGCCUUGCUCUGGUUGUGCACGUCUAUCGAAGCGCGCGCUCUCAACAGUUUGUGCUCUCUCUCUCGCCUGUCCUAUGUCCCGGGCGUCCAGCAGCGGCAAUGACUACACCCUCCAGAGAAUGAGCAGCCUGAUGGAGCAGCGCGGGAAGAAGGCGCGGGACGAGGGCGAGCGCAGCCUCAUCGAGGCGCGCUCCCACAGCGACCUGGGCAGCAGCGCGGGAGCGGCGGCGGCGUCGUCGUCGCGGGAGGAGCUGGAGCGCGCCGCCCGCGAGCAACUCCAGCGCGACGUGACGCCCGCCUUCGUGUACGUGCUGGCGCUCUUCUCUGCCCUGGGGGGCUUCUUGUUCGGCUACGACACGGGCGUGGUGUCUGGGGCCAUGCUGCUGCUCAAGAGGGACAUGCACCUGAGCGCGCUCUGGCAGGAAGUGCUCGUCUCGAGCACGGUGGGCGCCGCGGCGCUGUCGGCGCUGGUGGGCGGCUCGCUCAACGGGCUGCUCGGGCGCCGGCGCUGCAUCCUCAUCGCCAGCUUCCUCUUCUCCACUGGGGGACUCGUCCUGAGCGUCGCGCCCAGCAGGGAGGUGCUCCUGCUCGGCCGAGUCGUGGUGGGGCUCGGGCUCGGAAUAGCCUCCAUGACGGUGCCAGUCUACAUAGCGGAAGCAUCGCCUCCCCACCAGAGAGGCCGGUUGGUCACCAUCAACACGCUCUUCAUCACGGGGGGCCAGCUCAUCGCCAGUAUUAUUGACGGGGCCUUCAGCUACCUGCGCCGGGAUGGCUGGAGGUACAUGCUAGGCCUGUCAGUUGUUCCCGCUGUGCUGCAAUUUGUCGGCUUUCUCUUCCUGCCCGAGAGCCCACGCUGGCUCAUCCAGAAAGGUCAUGCACAGAAAGCACGUCGUGUGCUCAGCCAGAUCCGUGGGAACCAGAACAUCGACGAGGAGUAUGAUGCCAUCAUCACCAGCAUCGGGGAGGAGGAGAAGGACUCUGGAGGGGGUGGUCCAGUGAUGUGGCGCAUGCUGACUUACCCCCCAACCCGGCGGGCGCUCCUUCUCGGCUGUGGACUGCAGAUGUUCCAGCAGCUCUCCGGGAUCAACACUGUCAUGUAUUACAGCGCCACCAUCCUGCAGAUGUCAGGAGUGCGGGAUGACAAGCUGGCCAUCUGGCUGGCAGCAGUAACUGCCUUCACCAACUUCCUGUUUACCCUGCUGGGUGUGUGGCUGGUGGAGAGAGUUGGCCGCAGGAAGCUCACUAUGGGCAGCAUGAUCGGAACCUGUCUGAGUCUGGCAGUGUUGGCCACCGGCUUCCUGCUGUCGGCACAGAGCUCACCGCCUGUCACAGUCCACCCGGCCAACCCAUCCGUGUCGAACUCCAGCUGCAUGCGUUACGAACUGUGUGAGCCCUGCAUGCUGGAUCCAACCUGCGGCUUCUGUUACCGUGAGAACAGCACGGCCGUGUUCGCCUCCUCCUGCAUCCCUGUCAAUCCAGCAUCCACCGAGGAAGCAGCUUGGGGCAGGUGUUCCAACAUGACGGAAACAAGCGAUGGGCUCUACUGGGCCUAUAACUACUGCCCCACAUCCUACUCCUGGAUGGUCUUGCUUGGCCUCAUCCUGUACCUGGCCUUCUUUGCCCCUGGAAUGGGCCCCAUGCCCUGGACAGUCAACUCCGAGAUCUAUCCCCUGUGGGCGAGGAGCACAGGAAAUGCCUGUUCAGCGGGCAUCAACUGGGCCUUCAACGUCCUUGUCUCCCUGACUUUCCUCCACGUUGCUCAAUAUCUCACCUAUUACGGUGCAUUCUUCAUGUACUCAGGCCUGGCUCUGGUUGGCUUCCUCUUCAUCUAUGGCUGCCUGCCCGAGACCAAGGGUCGCAGGCUGGAGGAGAUCGAGCUGCUGUUCGAGGGCCAGCUGUGCACGUGUGGCAUGUCCGACUGGGACGAGCACCGUCACAUUGAAUACGUCAGGGUAAAGGGGAGCAAUUACCACCUAUCUGACAAUGAUGCAUCUGAUGUGGAGUAGUCCUGGCACCUGUCUCCUUUCCCUCUUUUCAUCUCAAGGCCUCCUGGGUACACCAUGUGAUCAGCUGGGGAAUCCUGCUUCUAGUCCUCCUAACAGUGGGUGUACCAUGAUCAAUAUUGCAAGGAACUGACCAUGCACUUUGUGUCUUAACUCCUUCCCAACCAGAAUUUAAUAUUUUUGCACAAUGUUUCUGUAGCACCACAAUGUGACAUCCCCCGUGAUCUGUACUGCUGUGAGACUGGCAGCACUAGACCUUCCAGUCCUCUGCAGUCAGUCAACUGUAUAAGAAUUUUACUAUGUUUCUGUAUCCUUGAAUAACAUUUGGCCUGCAAAAUAAUAGUUUGACAUGGUACAGAAAACAUCAACUGACAGCAGUGAACAUGAAUUCUGCAUUAACAAAUUGCAGCUAGCCACUGGCAGCUUUGUGUGGGGGAAAAAAUUAAACCUUUUUAGGUUAGUAUUUGUUCAAUAUUUUCACUGAAGAAUGACAUUUGUAUAU